UGAAACCGUGAUGCUACAAAAAGGCGCUGCGUCACAUUUGCAAGAAAUGGACUAUUGUUAUGGAAUACAAUACAAAGACUGCCUCAUGCCAUGCCAUCCACUAUUACCACCAACCCAAUAGCAGCAGCAGCUAUAGUAGCUAUAGUAGUCGUCGUCAUCAUCAACAUCAGCAGCUGACAUCAUCAGCAUCAACGUCAUCGUCCACGUCAUCACUGCAGCAACAACAACAACAACAACAAGAAGCUAACAGGAAUCAUCGCCAUCGUCAUCACUCCCUAGUACCCGAUCGCAUGAAUCCUUUCGAGCUGGAUAAUUGCGAAGGCGAGCAGGAUCAGGACGAGGACGAAGAGGAGGAGGAGCCACUAGAGGAGGACUAUCCAGUAGAGGAGGAGCAGCCCGUAGAGCAUCGUCGAUUCAGGGGAAGCUACUACCAGAGGAGGCGACACUACAAGUACGAUGCUGUGGAGGAAUGCUGUCGUCCGAUUUGUCAGGAACAGCAUUAUGGCUCCAUAGCGGAUAUGUUGUAAGCGGGGAGGGGGAAACAUUAAAGAUAGAAGGAUAAAAGGAUAAAGGAAAAAGGGAUAUAUAUAUAGAGGGGAAUCACUUUAAAGCGAAACGCAAGGUACCUACAACAAAGUAACUACAAAGGAAAUGCAUGGAAUGGAUUGAGAUAGAAAGAUACAGAUGCCCCCUCCUCCUCCCCUCCCCUUCCGCGCGAUUAACGAUAGGCAAUAAUCGAUAGUUUGAUAACCAAUGACGAACGAAUUGUGCAUGUUGAAUAGAUGUAUAUCGAAGUGUGUGUUUUUUUUUGUCAAUGUCACGGGGCGAACAUUUUAAAAACUUAU